AUGGCCCGUACAUCUACUGGAGGCAAAGCCCCACGUAAGCAGCUGGCCAACAAAGCUGCCCGCAAGAGCGCCCCUUCUAUUGGUGGGGUCAAGAAGCCCCAUCGCUACAGGCCUGGUACGGUGGCCCUGCGUGAGAUCCGUCGGUACCAGAAGUCCACUGAGCUGCUGAUCCGCAAACUGCCCUUCCAGCACUUGGUGAGAAAAAUUGCUCAGGACUUCAAGACUGACCUGCGUUUCCAGAGUGCAGCCAUUGGAGCCCUGCAGGAGCCCAGCGAGGUAUGCCUUGUUGGUUUGUUUGAGGACACCAACUCGUGCGCCAUCCAUGCCAAGCGUGUCACCAUCAUGACCAAAGACAUCCAGCUGGCCCAUUGUAUCCGUGGGGAGCGUGCUUAGAUGCCUCUCUAAUUU